GGUAUUUGAUUGUAAUUUGCCAUUUAUUAGGUAGUAUAAUACUCGAAUAUUGGUCCUGACUAUAUUGGGCUAAUAUAGACUAUCAGCCUGGACGGCCCAGUUUGAUCUUAUUUGGGGAUCCAACAAGUUAUCUGAAAUCCAAAUACCAUUCGUUUUUAUUUAUGAAAAUAUCAAUUCUUUUCUUUCGUGCGAUUGCUGAAAAAUUGAAUCAAUCUUUCUUUUCAUGGAUCCCAAAUAUACUGGAGAAACCUUGAAGCAUUUAGAGAAAGAAAGUGAAUUACUCUCCAAUGCCCAUAAAACUAUGUCUGAUCAAUUGCACACACUUCAGGUUGAGGAAGAAAUGCUGAUGCGCAAGUUCUAUGAACUUAUGUCUGCUCAUGGUCUAGCUAAAAAGAAAGGUGUCAAUGAUGAUGCUGAUGAAAUGCAGAAUACCCUGGAAGGAGCGCUGGUCGAUGUGACUAGUGGUGCUGAUGGAAGGCAGAAUGACCUGAAAGGAGCUACCAGCAACAUGACAAAUGGUGAUAACUAAUGUACAAGUGAGAUAGAUAUCCAAUUUCUAAGUUCUGUAUAGAAAUCCAUUGUUUGCAUUCAAUUAAAGUGAGCUCCACCAUUUUGGCCCAUCUUGAUUUCUCCCUCUUCACUGCUCCAAUUGUGUUCUCUUUUCUGUUUGGCCAUUUUUUUGGCCUUGCAUUCUUCAAGAUGUUUCUGGAUUGCUUCUCA